CGACAGGGGACCGGUUCAUGCAUAAAAGUCCUCGACUAAACUAUAAAGUCCUACAGGAGUUUAUUAUAGUGUCAGAAGGGGAGGAUUUGUCGCGGAGAAAUCAAGAAAAGCAACUAUGAUGCCAGGCCUUCUGUUUGUUUCCCUGUGCGUUGGAUUCUUGGGACUAUCUUUGGCACUUUUGGAACCAAUCCCGUUUCCUGCAAGUCUUCAAGAAUGUUACGAAUACCGCUCUUACAACAUGACACCAUCAUUUGAAGCUGCCCAUCAAAUUCAGCAAUAUUGCUAUAGAAAUUUUGAAUACCAGCAAAUUGCCUCUGGGAAAGUCUGGAGUGGUACAAAUAUUACAAUACAAGGUAUUAACUAUAUAGAUAGCUUAUUCCGACAAAUUUUUCGAGAAGUUGAGGAGAUGGAAAGACAAAAUAAAAACGGAAGACGUACGAAAAGACAAACUAUUGGUCGAAGAUACAGACGGGAAGUGAGGAGUCCCGGAGCCUAUCAGCCAUUCGCAGAUUGCAUAGUGCGACUCCAGAAUCAGUUUGUAGAAGAUCCUAGUACGGGAAGAAACACAUACCAGACAUUAGCUGCAUUCCACUCCGGCCAAGCUCUCCGGACUGCCCACGGGGGACCGGGAUUCGCUCCAUGGCACAGGAUCUACUUACUUUUACUUGAGACAGCUUGCGGUGCACCAAUUCCCUACUGGGAAUCUGGAUUGGAUCACGAUAUGGAGGAUCCAACAGCAUCCAUCCUAUGGAGUGACGAUUUUUUUGGAAAUGGGAAUGGCGUCGUCACGACGGGACCAUUCCGAAGCAUGCGUACAAUUCUUGGCGGUCCAAUCAUUAGAAACUAUGGUACAGGUGAGGGUGCUUUGUUUACAAAAACUGGUUAUAAUGCAGUUUUGAGCCGAACUAGAUACGACGACAUUUCUGAACCAAAACAAGGAGCAGCGUAUUUCUUCACCCUUGAAGGGCAUCACAACGGUCCCCAUACUUGGACCGGAGGCCAUCUUGCUAGGCCCAACUCUGCACCUUACGACCCGGUGUUUUACAUGCACCAUUCAUAUGUCGAUGCUGUUUAUGAAGCAUUCCGACAAAGGCAAAGACAAAAUGGUAUUAAUCCGGAAACAGAUUAUCCGGUAAAUACUCCCCCUGGGCAUGGAUUUGAUGACCUGAUUGAUUUCCGCCCAUAUAUUAAUCAAAUCACAAAUAGAUAUGCUAUGUCAGAUGCUGUUGCUAACCUCGUCACUUAUGAACCAUUUGCCAACUGUAGGAAUCGGUGUAACGGAAGUCCUCAUUUGUACUGUCAAAACGGUGUUUGCGUGUCGCGCAACCGACCAACAGCUGCCCCAUCUGCUGCAUUUGCAUUUGGCGAUAGUACCGGCGCAUUUAGGAGAAAUGAAGAACGAAUGAUAGCCGAGGCUGCCGGACCAAUCCCUGCAGGGGAAAAGUUCCGCACUGCACCGUUAAGGGAUAUUCGAAACCAAGAGGAUAGAUUAGGAAUAGCCCCAGUGGCUCCAGAAAUUCAGGCCGCCAGCAUGCAAGUCAGAGAAGUUCAAGCUCGAUUCAGGCGCGACGUUUCUCACCUGUCGAAGAACGAAUCAUUGCACCAUGGUAGUCAUCAGUCGAUAAGUUCCAUUGGACGGUCUUUUACCAAUAGUUUUAUACUGGAUGGAGUAGUCGAUCAAAAGCGAUGGGUGUAUGUACCAGUACGUAUUGUGUACACUAGGUCUCCAAAUGUCAAAGGAACCGACCCAACCCUACUUGGAAAUUCCGAACUUCAGAACGACGUUUGCCAAACAGCUCAUUCAGGUGCUUCAAAAGUGUUUGUAGCCUCUGAUGGCCUGGAUUAUUAUGGGAACUACAAAGAGUUUGCCAUCAUAGACGAAAGACAACCAGUGUCUGUCACUACGACAGCAGUCGGGAUCAAGAAUCCAGAAUUCGGGGAAGGAGAAGUGUUGUUCACUUCGUACGAUUCUUGUGGUCGGCCAUGCCGCCCUCUGUGUCUGACGUCAGUCAACGGUCAACAGAAAUACAAGGCUUGCUCUGGAGCCUUCAAGAUCUCCUCUGCUGCUCCCACGUUGUACAGAAACUCGUACAAAGAAGCCAUAUCAGUCAGUCUGUCUUCAUACAAUCUGGUUGAUUCUUCUUUGGAUGACGCUUCACCUCCCGUGACAUUUGUUUGCGGAAAUGAUAAUGCAUGGCCAUGGGUUUAUUAAUUUAACACAAAUGCAUGGUGGCUUGUACAUGUACAUGUAUAUUAAUGUUUAUAAAUAAAGAUUAGUUGCAGACAUUCA